AUGAUUGAUAAUAAAGUGAUAACGAUACAUGAGAAAUGGCAUUCGAUUCUAGGUGAAGAAAUACCUUUGAUUGAACCUCACGAUUAUGUUAAACUCAGUAAAAUUUUAGCACCUCCAAAAUUGACAGCUCACGAAAUGAACGGAAGUGUUGCUUACGUUCUUCACUAUAUUCGCCAGAAAGUUAAAAUGUGGGGGGCUGAUGUUCUUAGAGCAGAAAAUAUUAAAACUUUGGUCGAGGAAGACGAUGAUGUUUCUGAUGAGGAAUCCGAAUCUUCUGAUAUGGGAUCAAUGGACGAAGGCCAAGAUGUUCGGAAAAAUCAAUUGUCUCGAUUUGAUUGCCUUGCUAGUUUGCUUGCCUCUGUAGAAUGCACUGUAGCUCAAGAUAUCUUUCGAACCUUAUCUCAAUUCCCAGUUGCACUUCCUUUGACAAUACCCGAAUUAGAUAAAGAAGAAAUGUUUAAAGUGAUGCUUCCUUUGCUUGUUGGUCCAGUUAUCAAGUGGGAAACGAAACCUGGAACAAUUGUUGAAAACCACCUUUUCAAUGAUCGUUUCAGAUUGAUUGUCGCCAUUCGAAUCGGAACAAACUCUCCAGGUAAAAGCGUCAUUCUCAACCAAUUAAUGGCAUCGGAUUCUAUGUUCUCUUCGAGUUGUGAACCAAGAGCAGAAUAUGGGAUUCCACAUAUGAUUAAUGGAAGCAUCGAGUUUACUUGGCUAACCCAAGAAACUUGCGGGGUGAGUCUAUGGAAUGACGUUUUUGAAAAUUAUUAUAAAGAAGGGGCAAAGGAAAUCGCUUUACUUGCGAAUUUACAUGGAGAUGCUUUAGAUUAUCCAGAUCAAAUUAAAUUUUUAAAGCAACUUCCUUCUAGUUUCUUGAUUUUUUUAAUGCCUGGAUGUACCACAAGUCAAAUAGAUAAACUCGAGGCUCUAAUUGGACCCAAAAAAAUCAUAUAUGGCUGGGUGAAUAAAAAGAACACAGACAAAAAGAAAUACACGAUCGACACCAAAUUUUUAAUGAAAGAUAAAACAUUAAAAAAAGUACGCAUGAUGUUUAAAGAAGCUUUAGAUUUUGAUACUUCAUCAUUCAAUGCUAUGAUUAAAUUGAGAGGAUCGCUUCAAUUGGCCGAAAGCAUUGAACUUGCCGAGUCUCAGCUUUUGGCAGACUUUGUCAAAGAAAAAACUUGUCGUCACAUUAAACUGGAAGUUAUGCAGCUUCAAAGAAAACCACCCAACGAUCUCCAAAUUUGGAAAAAUAAUACAGAGUUGCAAUAUUUAAUAUUUUUGUACAUAAACAUUCUAAAACUACCUCUCAACAAAAGGAUACGAGCUCUAGCACAUCUUGAAAGAGAAGUAUCCAGGCUUUCUAUGAUAGAAUCCUCUGGGGUUCGAAAUCAGGCUGUGUUGAAAAGAGAAGAAUUGCGUAAAUCCAGUUUGGUUGAUAGCAUGAGUUUAGGUUUGGAACAUUUUUUCCGUGAGUUGGGACAAAUCUACAAGAUUUCUUCUAUCAACGACCCAGACAGUGAAAUUGUAUUGAAGUUGCCAGAACUUUACGCUCAACUACUGAUUGGUGGCCACACCAUAGAAUUACUUGAUGGUGAUGCUGGAUCUAUAUCUGAAGCUUGGUUCUCAGCCAUUUGUGGGCAUAUUUGUAAUGCAUAUCCUAGACUUAGAAUUUUUGUAGUCAGCAUACUUGGCCUACAAUCAUCAGGAAAGUCAACUCUCUUGAAUGCUCUUUUUGCAUGUAGAUUUGCUGUUUCAGUUGGGCGUUGUACUAGAGGUCUUUUCAUGCGAUUAUUGUUUUUGGAAAAAAAUUUAUCCGACCAACUUGGCGUUGAUGCAUUUGUCCUAAUUGACACUGAAGGUCUUGGUGCACCAGAAAAGAUGGAUGACCCAGAAUCGGAAAAGAAAGAUCGAAUAUUAGCAACUUUUGCAAUGGGUGUAAGCAAUUUAACAAUUCUCAAUGUGCUUGGAGAAUCAACACGUGACUUGACUGAGAUUUUGCAGAUAGCAAUUGUAACAAUGGCACGUCUUGAAGAAGCUGGAAUAGCCCCUGACAUUAUGAUGGUGCAGCAUGUUUCUGAACGAAAUGCAGCAAGACUGUCUGAGCCAGAAGAAAAAUUUCGGGCGGCUCUUCAAGAGGCUUUGAAAAUAGCUAAAGAACAAGACAUUGAGAUGGGAAUAUCCAAUACAGACUGUCUCCAAAUACUUGAUGAAAGGAUAAAAAAAGGCCAGCUUCUUAAACAAUUUCGGCCAUUUAAAAAUGGUGCAACUGCCUAUGCCCCACCAUCAGAGCAAUACCAUGAGGAUGUUGUGAAUUUAUACAACUCCAUAAUUAAUGAUUGUAAGAAUUCGCAGAGCAAAAUUGAAUUUUCGAAAUGGCAUUCGCUAAUUCAAGACUAUUGGAAUGCAGUAUCUCAUGAGGACUUUGCUGUUCGUUUCAAAAACAUCAGAGAAAUUUAUGAAUUUAUUGAUCUUGGCAAACGAAUCACAAAGUUGAAGGAAACCAUCGACAAAGCAUUCCUAAAACACGAGGAAUCAAUUAUGCAAAAAAUUCGUACCAAGCUUCAAAGUUGGUCUCCUAAUGACAGAUCAAAUAUGAAUUUACGUCACCAGUGCUUAGAAUUGAUUGAAAAAGGGCUACAGAAAAUACCAGAUUGCAAUGAUUCCGGCUGUGAAGAAUGUGAAAGUAUAAACAAGGAAAGGAUUGAAUUGGAAGAGUACCUCAAAGAUAAGAAUAAUGAAAUGUGUGAAAUAGAAACCAAACAAACAAUUGAGGAUUAUAUCAAACUCAAUCGUCAUUCUGCAUCCAUAAAACUCACUCAGAUGCUCGAUGCCAGUUUCAUCCGAAAAGGUAUUUCAUCCGAAUCUCUUGACAUAAUUAACAACCGUUUAGAAGGGAUUCUAAGGAAUAUGCCAAGUGGUAGACGAUUGACAGAUUAUCAACGUAAAAAAGAAGUUGAAGAAAUAUGGAGUUUGUUGCGAAAUAACAUAUUAUCAAAAUACAACAUUAAGCCAAUAGUGGAUCAAAUAGAUAAGGAGGUCAAAGAUGCGUGUUCUCAUUUAUCGUCAGUAGGAUUCUAUCAACAAUACAUGAAUGGAAACUCUCCAGAUUUAUCUAAAUGCAAGGCAUAUAAAGCAUUUAGAGGCCUUAUUCCAACAUGCUUGGAUAUAAGAGACGCCUGCGCUCUCCAGGAAAAGCUUGAUAAUUUGGUAGAUUCAAUCUUGGAAAAAAGGGCAUCUUAUCAUUAUUACCCUGGAAUUGUGCGCGACCUUGCAAAAGUGAUAGAAAAAACGCUUAACGAUAAUGCAAGUCUUCUUCGCGUCAAAUUUUUGCCAGAAUUCAAAUGGAAUGCUUACUUGUAUGCUUUGUUGAAAUUUAAACCAAAAAUGAUAAGCUUUCAAAAAAAAUGGGAAAUGGAUAAUACUCCACUUGGCAUCCUUGAUCAAAAGAAAGAGGAAUAUUUAAAGAUGAUUGAUACCCGGCUUCAAUAUGGGCAUACACUUGUUUCUGAGGGACAUAUUGCUGGGGAUUAUUUACUGAGGGUCAUUCAUAAAAAAGCAAUGGAUGCAGGAAGCGCUGAGCGAAAAACUGCGGUGCGUAAUAUUGGUUGGUUGACGUGUACUGAAUCAGUUAGGCUUAAAUAUUUUGAGAAUCUUGCUGAACAGGUUCAAAGAGGCGACAAAAAAGAAGCUAUAGAGCAUUUUUCAUGGCCAAAAGGAUCCAUAGAAUAUUGGUUUAAACGUAAAGUUGAUGGUAAUACAAGUGGAAAUCCAAAGCAAAAAUACAAUGAUACCUUUAACUCAGAAUUCAAUCGAGUCAUUCAAGAAAUUCGUAACUGUCAAAGUUUCGAGGCAAUCAAAAAAUUUAUAAAUGAUUACAUGACGCAAGUUGACAAAGUGGACUACAAAUUGGAUCUUAGAGACACAAAAGAUGAAGAUUUUAGAAUAUUCUAUCAUGCUGUCGAGGAAGAGCUUAAAACUAAAGGGGGUGGUCGUUAUCCAAAAGAUGAGCCUUUUCAAGAUCCGUCUAAAGAUAAAUCAAUCAUGGAACUGCUUGGAUGCACAGAAGCGUGUUAUUUUUGUGGAGCUUUGUGUUGGGGAUCUCAGGGACAUUAUAACGACAGUGGCGAAACAAAAAGACAUCAUACUAGCCAUCAACCUGGUGGUCUUGCAAGGUUCAGUUAUAGAGGUUCGAAAGAACUAGUUGCAAUGCCAUGUCAUAAAUUGGAAGAUAAUGUGGGUGUGUGGUAUUUUGGCAAGGAGGACCCAACACCUUGGAGCGUUGUAAAAGCUCAUGAUUUUAAGGAUUGGAGAUUUGAAUCUCACUACCAACACUUAUUUAAUGAUCUUAUGUGCUGGUUCUUUGAAAAAUUGCACGUAGAUCUGGCAAACAAAUAUGGACUCAAACCAUCAACUUAUAACGAAAUGAGUAAAUAUGGUUGUAUAAACUUGAGUUACAGUGAUAUUAUUAGUACGCUUAGAACAAAAAUUUAA